AUGGCAACAAGCUAUCUAGGAAUCCCGCCUUCAUCUCCCUCGUUCGCCGGGCCGGCCGCGUUUCUGGCCUGGAAUUGGUUCUACGCGUACGGCAUACUAGCCAGCCGCACUCUGAAACAGAUCUACGGCAUUGACCAUAACGGCAACCCGCGGCAGGAUCUCAACAAGUAUGGCGCCGUGGCUGUCCGGGAGGGCAAAAUGACCCAAGCCCAACUCGAGCAGCUCCAGCGCAUGGAAGCUGCCAGCGCCAACUCAAUCGAGGCGUAUACGUUCUUUGUGGGUUCAGUCCUCUUGGCCCUCGUGGCUGGCGUUCCAAGACAGACAGUCAACACUGCCUGCACCACGUACACGAUUGCUAGACUGGUUUACGGGGCCGUCUACGUCCUGGUUUCGCACGACCUGUACAGCCAAAUCCGCGGUAUUGCUUGGUGGACAGGGAACACGAGUUGCUUGUUUCUGCUGUGGAAGGCUGCCCACGCACCGUUCAAGUUUCCCAAUGCAUGA